GGGGCGUAAAGCUAGAGGCUAAAGCAACCGCACCGACCUGACCUUCAAGUUUUAACCUUCCGUACCUUUUAACCUUCCUUAUUAAUCCAGAGCCUUUCAGGGUGAGUUUUGGAAACUUGUCCGACACUUAAUUUAAAUGCGCGGGUGCACAUAAAACCGAGUCACAAGCACAAAGCGAAGCCUUUAAUCUUCAAGUCUUUAACUUUGUCAUCGUCCAACUCCGUUCUGCUCGCUCUGUAACUUCUUUGAUCCUCUGUCGGGUCAUUUCUAGGGUUUUUCUUAUCUGCGUUCCUCUCUAUGCCAUGAGGGGAGUUGGUCCGGCUACUUAUCGGCGGCAAGGACCGCCGGCGAACCCACGGAGAGGCUUCUCCCCGGGGAAUACACGGUCGGUACGGCCUCAGUUCGAAGAAAGAAGUGAUGAGUUCCCAUCGAAUUGUAGGCAGAAUCUGCGUCCAGAAGUUGCGCCUCCGUUCCGGCCAAGUCCUCCGAACUUCAUCAUCGAGCUUCGGCCUGGGCUUGGGGGUUUUAAGAAGAUCGACGUAGAUGAAUUACUCGCCACAUGUAAAUUGAUGCCUGAGAAGGUUACCGUUCUAUCAUCAGGUCCUAUUGCAGCAACCUUGUUUUUCCGUCAAUGGGUGGAUACGCUUGAAACAAUGGUAUAUUUGUGGGAAUUACGUCUGGAAGGCAAACAUCUUUUCACUCCGAAGUUGAUACGGAACAUUAUUAUGCCAUCUGAUGAAGACGAGCUUCGGAGUCGGCUCCAAACCACAUUCGGGAAUCAUAUUAGGGCAAUUCUUGAAGGCGAAGAAGUCAAGAAGUGGCAGAACGAGCUGCAGCAUCUCUCUGAUGAGAUUGCAAAAGUUCAGGGCCUGCUUAGGAAGCCUAAUAAAAUCGCUGCUCAUGAAAAGCUUACCAGCGAGAAGAAUGGGUUGCUUUGUGAGAGGGAUUUGAUUUCAAAGAGGUUGAAGGAAUUCAAAUCUUCUAUGAGUUGCAUACUCAAUUAUCUUGAAGGGAAGCAUUCUCAGCAAUGCUAUGACGAGGAGAUUGAGGUGUUUAGGUUUAAUGGUGAUUUUGAUUGGAGUAGAAUUUAUCACUUGAUUAGAAGAGAAUGUCGCAGGCUUAAGGAUGGUUUGCCACUGUAUGCCUUCCGGCGGGAGAUUCUUCAUCAAAUUCACACCCAACAGAUAAUGGUAUUGAUUGGAGAGACUGGUUCAGGAAAGAGUACACAGUUGGUUCAAUUUCUAGUUGACUCAGGUAUAGCUGCUAAUGAUUCCAUUAUAUGUACCCAGCCCCGCAAGAUUGCGGCCGUCUCACUAGCACAAAGGGUUAGGGAGGAAAGUAGUGGGUGUUAUGAAGAUAAUUCAAUAAUCUGUUAUCCAACAUAUUCUUCUGCUCGGCAGUUUCUUUCCAAGGUAAUAUAUAUGACAGAUCACUGUUUAUUGCAACACUACAUGAAUGAUAAGAACCUGUCUGGGAUCUCAUGUAUCAUUGUUGAUGAGGCUCAUGAGAGAAGUUUGAAUACUGAUCUUCUUUUGGCUUUGAUUAAAGCUUUACUUUCUCAGAAACUUGAUAUGAGGGUUAUCAUAAUGUCCGCGACAGCGGAUGCAGACCAGCUUUCAAAGUACUUUUUCGGUUGUGGAACCUUCCAUGUGGUGGGGAGAAACUUCCCAGUUGAUGUCAGAUAUGCCCCUUGUGCUUCUGAAGGAACUUCUGGUUCUGCCACUAUUGCUUCCUAUGUUUUAGAUGUUAUGAGGAUGGCAAACGAGAUCCAUAAAACAGAGAAAGAGGGGACAAUUCUUGCCUUUUUGACCUCUCAGAUGGAGGUGGAAUGGGCAUGUGAGAAGUUUCAGGCUCCUUCUGCAGUUGCAUUAGCUUUACAUGGAAAACUUUCCUAUGAGGAGCAGUUCCGUGUUUUCCAGAGCUACCCUGGGAAAAGAAAAGUUAUAUUUUCCACAAAUCUGGCUGAGACAUCAUUGACAAUUCCAGGGGUCAAGUAUGUUAUUGAUUCUGGCAUGGUUAAAGAGAGUAGGUUUGAGCCUGGCACUGGCAUGAAUGUCCUUAGAGUUUGCAGCAUCAGCCAGAGUUCUGCAAAUCAACGGGCUGGCAGGGCUGGGAGAACAGAACCGGGAAGGUGUUACAGACUCUAUUCAAAGGAUGAUUUUGAGUUGAUGCCUCCUCAUCAGGAACCUGAGAUUCGUAGAGUCCAUCUUGGGGUUGCGGUUCUAAGGAUUCUUGCUUUAGGAAUCAAGAAUUUAGAACAUUUUGAUUUUGUUGAUGCACCUAGUGGUCAAGCUAUUGACAUGGCCAUCAGGAAUCUUCUUCAGUUAGGUGCUGUUACAUUAACAAAUGAUUUUUAUGAUUUGACUGAGGAAGGCCGAUGCUUAGUUAAGUUGGGUAUUGAGCCUCGGCUCGGCAAACUAAUUCUCAAUUGUUUUCAUCAUCGCUUGGGUAGAGAGGGUCUUGUUCUUGCUGCUGUUAUGGCCAAUGCCAGUAGCAUCUUUUGUAGAGUUGGUAAUGAUGAAGACAAGCUAAAAUCUGAUCGCCUCAAGGUGCAAUUUUGCCAUCGUGAUGGUGACCUCUUCACUCUGCUUUCUGUUUACAAGGAAUGGGAGUGUCUACCUGCAGAGAAAAGAAAUAAAUGGUGUUGGGAGAACAGCAUCAAUGCCAAAUCCAUGCGAAGAUGCCAAGACACUGUGCAUGAAUUGGACAGGUGCCUUAAAAAUGAACUUAGAAUCAUUAUUCCUACUUACUGGCGUUGGAAUCCUCACAACCCUACCAUGCAAGAUAGGUAUUUAAAAAAGGUUAUACUGUCCUCCCUUUCAGAAAAUGUAGCCAUGUAUUCUGGGUAUGAUCAACUUGGUUAUGAAGUGGCAUUAACUGGACAAUAUGUUCAGUUACAUCCAGCAUGUUCAUUACUAAUAUUUGGUGAGAAGCCUAGCUGGGUAGUUUUUGGUGAAAUUCUGUCAAUAUCUAAUCAGUAUUUGGUUUGUGUAACUGCCUUUGAUAUUGACUCUUUGCCUACCAUCUUCCCUCCUUUGUUUGAUGUUUCUAAGAUGGAGAGCCGGAAGCUGCAAACGAGGAAGAUGACUGGUUUUGGCAGCACUCUCCUGAAAAAAUUUUGUGGAAAGGCCAACAAUAACUUGAUUCAUCUUAUAUCACAAAUUCGGACGUCCUGUAUGGAUGUCCGUAUUAGUAUUGAAGUCAAGGUUGAUCAGAAUGAGAUUCUGUUAUUUGCCUCUUCAAAGGAUAUGGAAAAGGUUGGUAGUCUUGUAAAUGAUGUGUUAGAAUAUGAACGAAAAUGGUUGCAGAAUGAAUGCAUAGAGAAAUGCCUAUAUCAUGAAAGACAUGGUGUAGCGCCUCCUCUGGCACUCUUUGGAGCUGGUGCUGAAAUCAAACAUCUGGAGCUUGAAAAGAGAUGUUUAUCUGUUGAUGUAUUUUGUUCAGAUGCAAACACAACUGAUGAUAAGGAGCUUUUGAUGUAUCUUGAAGAGCAUGCCUCUGGCAGUAUUUGUUCUUUCCACAAGUUCACAGGCACUGGACAAGAUAGUGAGGAAAGAUGGGGCAGGAUAACAUUUCUUACUCCAGAUUCUGCUAAAAAGGCUACUGACUUAAAUAAAGUUGAAUUCAGAGGCUCCUUGCUGAAGGUAAUUCCUUCUCGCACAACCUUUGGAGGCAAUCACAAAAUGUUUCCGUUUCCUGCUGUUAAAGCAAAAGUUUAUUGGCCUCGUAGACAAAGUAAAGGGUUUGGAAUCGUGAAAUGUGAUAGACAUGAUGUUGAUUUCAUGGUCAAUGAUUUCUCUAACCUGCUGAUAGGAGGAAGGUAUCUUCGGUGUGAGGGCAGUGCAAAGUACAUGGAUUCUGUUGUGAUAAGUGGGCUUGAUAAAGAACUUUCUGAAGCUGAAAUUUUAGAUGAGUUGAGGACUGCUACUAAUAGGAGAAUCUUGGAUUUUUUUCUGGUGAGAGGAGAUGCAGUAAAGAAUCCUUCAUGUGGUGCUUGUGAAGAAGCUCUUCUUAGAGAAAUCUCUCCUUUCAUGUCUAAGACAAAACCCCAUGGCAAUUGUUGCCAAGCCCAGGUCUUUCCUCCUGAACCAAAGGACUCUUUCAUGAAAGCAUUGAUCACAUUUGAUGGAAGACUACAUUUGGAGGCAGCAAAAGCUUUGGAGGAAAUAGAAGGCAAAGUAUUGUCUGGUUGUCUUUCAUGGCAGAAGAUCAAGUGCCAGCAGUUGUUUCAUAGCUAUGUAUCCUGUCCUGCACCUGUAUAUUCUGUCAUUAAGAAGCAGCUGGUUUCUUUACUUGCAAGCUUAAAGCAUCAAAAGGGGGCAGAAUGCAAUCUAGACAGGAAUGAGAAUGGUUCCUAUCGUGUGAAGAUAUCUGCAAAUGCUACUAAAACUGUGGCUGAGAUGAGAAGACCUCUGGAACAGCUUAUGAAGGGGGAAAUUGUAGACCAUGCCAGCCUCACUCCAGCCGUUCUACACCUUCUGUUCUCCAGAGAUGGCAUUAUGCUCAUGAAAUCACUUCAGCGAGAGACAGAAACCUACAUUCUCUUUGACAGGCAUAGUAUUAGCGUAAGGGUUUUUGGUCCUUCAGAAAAGAUUGCUGUGGCGAAACAGAAAUUAGUUGAGUCCCUUCUAGCCCUACAUGACAGCAAGCAACUUGAAAUCCAUCUCCGAGGUGGAGAUCUGCCUGGUGACUUGAUGAAGGAAGUGGUUAAGAAAUUUGGGCCAGACCUCCAUGGGCUCAAAGAGAAGGUACCUGGGGCUGAGUUUACUCUGAAUACCCGCCGUCAUAUCAUCUACAUUCAUGGUAACAAAGAGUUGAAGCAAAAAGUACAAGACAUAGUUUAUGAGAUUGCACAGAAGAGUGGUAGUUCGGAUGAAAGGCCUGAUGAUGAAGCUGCCUGCCCCAUUUGCUUGUGUGAAGUAGAGGAUGGUUAUUGUCUCGAAGCCUGUGCACAUAAAUUCUGCAGGUUGUGCUUGGUAGAGCAAUGCGAGUCAGCCAUCAAAAGCCAGGACAGUUUCCCUGUAUGCUGUACCCAUGAAGGUUGCAGGACUCCUAUUUGGCUUACAGACCUGAAAUCUCUAUUGUCAAGUGAUAAAUUGGAGGAGCUUUUUAGGGCUUCUUUAGGGGCAUUUGUUGCAUCUAGUGGUGGUGCUUACAAGUUUUGUCCAUCACCUGACUGUCCUUCAGUUUAUCGAGUGGCAAGUUCUUCAAUGACUAGCGAACCAUUUGUCUGUGGGGCAUGUUUUGUAGAGACAUGUACUAGGUGUCACUCCGAGUAUCAUCCAUAUAUAUCAUGUGAGAGGUAUCAGGAAUUCAAGGAGGAUCCUGACUUGUCGCUGAAGGAGUGGUGCAAGGGGAAAGAGCACGUAAAGAGCUGCCCUAUUUGUGGGUACAUCAUAGAGAAAGUGGAUGGAUGCAACCAUGUUGAGUGUAGGUGUGGCAGGCAUAUUUGCUGGGGAUGUUUGGAGUUCUUUGAGAGCAGUGAUGACUGCUACAGCCAUUUGAGGUCUGUACACCAGGCCAUCAUAUGAAUUCAACAUUAACUAGUUAUGUUAAUAGAUUCACAUAUAUAGAUUUAAAUCGCCUGUACAUAUUCCGAAAUGUAUAGAUUAGGUAUAUACUCCUGCAUGUAUAUCCCAGUAGUUUAACAUAUCUCUAUAUAUAUGCUUGGGGAAUGCUCUCUCUCCCUCUCUCUC